CUGUGGAAGAGCAUAUAAAAAUAUCACCAGAACGUAUGCUCCUUAAUCUCUUUUGUGUUUCCUUUUCAUCAUUAACAUGGCUCUAGUGAGAAGGCAGUGAAGUGGUACAAAGGAGCCAACUGUGCAACACAUUCCCUUUUCAUCACGUCAACAGAUGUUGCUUGUAUAAAGGUGAAAGGGGGAUGAUGUCAACUAAAAGCCAUAGAGAAGCCAGUUGAACUCCACAUCUUGUAGCCUUUCAUUGAUGUAAUGCUUACAGUACAGUGCAGCUUUUAAUACUUUGAUUGCUGGGCAAGUGUCACACUGUAAUACAGCACCUCCUGGCAGGAAAUCUACCUUUUAUGUGUACUGUAGCACGAACUAUGAAUAUAUAUUAUCGCAGUCUAUUCUGUGGCAGAGAAUAGAAAGAGGUUCCAACACAGUUUACUUGAGCUGUAAACCUGAAGAGUAUUGUAUAGGAAACAUAGUAAUAGUGAGUGUGUGCAUCUGUCUUCCAAAUGGACUGUUGAAAGUGACCUUGAAAAUAAUUUAGAACAGCCUUAAUGGUAUGUUUUAGAUACCUGUCUAGAAAAGGACAAGUGUUUCCUGCACCUUUUUAAUUUUUUUUCAAAUCCAUUCUAAUUGGUGAAGAAACUGUUCACACGCAAAAGUUCCAUGUAAAUAAAACAUGAAAGUCCAUUAAAAUACUUAACUCUAGAAGCUUCUUAUUAAAAUUUUCUUCUGAGACUACAGAUAGUAGUGGAAUAUUCGAAAGGAUCUGGCUCCACAGGAAGUAAAACAUGCUUUAAAUGUGGGGAACUUAAAACAUUUUAGGACUAGGCUUUUGACAAGUUUCCUCCCUGAAUUUCUGAGUUCUCUAAUUUUGGUACGGUCUAUUUAUCCUGCUGCCCAGAGAGGUUUCCAUAAGGAACCAAUUCAGUUUCAGAUACACAAGGAGUGACUGUAUUUUUUUACUGCUCUACCAAAUUGAGAGCUUAAUAAAGUAAAUCUACACAAAAUAAAAAUAUUACCAUAGCUAAUUUAAUUGUUCCCCUAUACUGCAUAAUUAAAAUAGCAUUUGUGAACUGAUUUAAAAUUUUCACUACACUUGAACUAUAUAAUAAAGAAAUCAACAUGAAAGUAUCUCUGCUGAAGCUAAGUUUGCUGAAAACCUUAAUCUUGUUUUAACUUACUUUUCUUCCCACAAUGGUCUCUAAAUACCAUUAUGCUUUGUGAGCAGCAAUGACUGCAAGCAUUAUGCCAAGUGACCCCAGUACCCCAGCAAACUGCUAGACCAGGACUUCAGCAUGACAGCGGUACUGUCUUCAUACUCGGGAGCUCUGAAGGGAUGUGAAGAUACAGCAAAGAAACUGCAGAACACAGAGCUGGAUAAGCUACCGUGAAACUGCUCUCCGUGUUGAGGCUUGUGAUGUCCGUAGGCAAACCUACAGACACCUUCAGUCUACUGGGGAUGGACAACUCAAACAGAAGCAGAACAAGAGCGUGGUAGGAGCAGAGAGCAGAGUUAAGCUAGAGUUAAAGGGACAGGAAAAUCAAUUAAAACCCCAUAGAAGUAGAACGUUGUAUCUUUACAUCACUUCAUACUUUUUCUUGCACAGAAUUCCACCUUCCAACUAUAGAUGAACCUGCUCUGCAGAUGAACGAGCAAAUGAGGCUUCUGCCAGUAAGAGUCUUGAUUUAUUUAUUUACAAGAGUCAGAGGGAAUACAAUUAAGGAGAGAAGGGGUAACACAAAGAAAGUGUGUUCUCAUGAUCGAGAAAAUGGCGAAGCUGGAGGAAUAAUUUUGUUUCUGACACCAAUGAGUUCAUAUAUGAUUCGGGGGGGCUCACUUAAAAACAAAGGUCAUCAUAGAUGGAUACUAGGCAAUCUGGGGCGGGGGGGAAUCUUUUUUGGUCAUAUUUUUUCAUUUGUUUUUUAAAAAGGUGCCUGGGUCAUGGUGAGGGUUCAAGUCUGACCUCAUUCCAGCAGUGUAUAAAGGUGGGCUAAGAUCGGGCUAGAAAAGUCCUUUUGUUCUUCUGUGAAGGAUCCUGCAUAGCGAAAGCGGAUGGGAUGCCUUAUCACUAUUGUCAUGUAGCUCUGUGCUAAGGGGUACAGAAGGUUACAGCCCUGGCACGCCCCAGAGGUAGCCUUGAACCCGCAUGUGAGCAGCUUGGAGAGACAAGGCAGGGCUUUUUUUAUUCAAGUGCUGACUCGGGCAGAAUGUAUGCACAGCAUAUUUUUCAUUUAUUGGUUGCUCAAAAUGAGAGGGCUCUAGGGCCGCAGAAAUGCUGAAAGUUCGUAAGUACACUUGUAUGCCAAGUACAAAAGUGCUUAGUACUGGAGGCGCGGGGGAAAUAUCUUAGGUUUCUUCACUUCGAUGCGCAAAAUUAAUGUUCUCUGAACAUGGCAAUGUGAAUGUAGUUGCACUCCUUUUCUCUGACCUGCGGCAUGAGGGCGCUACAAACAGCUGCUGCAGCAUGUAUGGUGGAUUAUAGGGUGUUAGAGUAACAGGAGUACCAUGUAAACGUAUCAAAUGAAACUAUUCGUUAUCAAAAUUAGUGCUAGGUUCAGAUUGAGUAUGAUCUAUGACCACAUACUAAGCAAGAGAAACACAAAUACAUGUUGAAUAAAUAGUGCCAGCUGAGCUUAAUAACAUGUAGAAAAAAUAGUAUCCUGUCAAACAGUUAUAAGACAUAUACAGGAUAAAUCUAAAUCAAGACUGAAUGGGCAAUUUUAAUUUAAGAAUUUCCUUAGCUUUUCCUUCCCUUUAAAACCUUUUAAGUUCUGUAAUGCGUUUUGAUUGAGUAAAUAUGUACAGGGUUUUUUUGUUAGUGCAGUGUAAUAUCAAUUACAGUCAGACUGAAUUCCAGCAUUUCACAUGAUUUCAGUUCAAAGUCUAUGUAUAAUCAGCUUUGAUUUUUCAGCACCCUCUAGAGUAAGCAGAAAGUGCCAGCAGCCUUUCCUUUCAUCUUAGGUAGCUGAGGUAAUAUACUCCUGUUUUUGCCUUUUUAUUGGAUUUCCUGAUAGUCUGAAUGUUUAAAAAUAGCUACAGAAGUACUGGAAAGGACUAAAUUGAAACAUGUUAAAUUAUUAAAUAAGUGAUUAUAUUAUAAAAACAGUCCUUAAAAUGCUUUCAUGUGAAAACCCUACUUAGAAGAAAAACCAACCAAACAAAAGUUUUUACCUGAGAACCAGGAAUAAUAAUCGUAUUAAAGUGUAGCUUUACAAGCCUGUGGCUGAUGUUUUUUUACCUACUGUAACUGCAAAAGGAGUCUCUGGAAGAUGUGCUACAAGGUUUAGCAGUUUUAUGCUCACCACUCUUGCAAGAAGGUAAAGUCAUUGUUUACAUGAGGACGGGUCAGCUCCUGCUGCCUCCCUCACAGAUCCUCCAUGGUGCUGUGUACUGACUCUUUUUCCCCCUUUACAAUUUUGUAUCUUUACACCGGUGCUUUCCCUCUUGGAUCCUUGAGCUGCUCCUUAAUCCUAUAUCAAUAAUCUCACUUCUGUCUGCAAUUUUACUGUUAUUAUUUUGCACAAUUCUCACAAUUUAGCUAAUUUCUCAGUAUUCUAAGCCAAAUACGUGCAGCUGGCCUGUCUCAAAACUAGCUUUUGGGUCACAGACAGCUGAGUCCGCAGGAGAAGAAUAACAGGUAAUGAAAGCCCACUGCUGUUUCCCCCCUGCGCCCAGCCAACUCUAGUCUUACGCUUUGGCCCAGGUGUUCCCAAAGACCUCCGUACCACUUAGUCCCCAGCUGAGCUUUCGCAGGUAGAUUAUGCAACUGCUCUUGAAAGGCAAUACCGUCGCAGCAGACCGACUACCAGCUUUCACGAAUGUGUAAUUCAGGCGGUCUCCCGGAGCGCAUCUGGGCUGCUUUGUUGGGUUUUGGUAAAACACUAGAAUUCAGCUGCACCAAGGACCCAAUAAAAAGUAACACAUCAAUAACUCCUAACGGGAAGCUGAGGGUUGCAGAAGUUACUGUCUUCUGUUUCUAAGAUUGUAAAUUUUGUUUUCAAACAUUGGCAUUAAACUGACAAGGAAAGGGCAACCAUUUCCCUAUCAGUUUACGCUGGUAAUUCAUUAUUCAUCAUACAGAAUUAGAGAGCUUAAUUGAAGGUCUUUGAGAGAAGUCUCGAGCAAUGCACCAUAGAAGCUUGGUAGCUAAGAUGCUGUUGAUUCUUUCCAAGUAAAAUAUAAAUUGAUCUAAAAAAACCAGUGUGACAGCUGCUUUUUUUUAAAAAAAAAACAAACCCAACAUGUUAAUUUGUUUGAAAGAACAUUGUAAAAAGAAUUGAACAUGGGAUUGAUGUCUGGAAGUUACACUUGAUACAGAGCUUUUUAUUAUUAUCAUUACUAAUGUCAUAAUAUGUUUGCUGCUGCAACCAAAAACUUUGUUAAACAGGUUGGUGAUGGAGGAAGACUAGUUCCAGUGCCCAGUCUCAGUGAAGCUGAUAAAUACCAACCUCUGAGCCUUGUGAUUAAGAAAAGAAAAUGUUUGCUUUCAAAAAAGUCUAAAUUUGCUUCAACACCUUUCACAUUAAAAGACAUUCUUCAAGGGGAGAAAGAAAUUUCUGCAGGUGUCUCAUCUUACCAGUUGCUCAACUAUGAAGACAAAUCAGAUGUUUCGCUUAAUGGUAGAAGAGGAAAUCAGAUAAUGAAUGAUGUUGGUUUUGAUGUUGCUGGAUCAGAUUCUGUUGCCUUUAAAGCUUCGUUUGGCAUAGUGACCAAACAUGAGGUUGAAGUACCAACAUUACUUAAAGAACUUACUACAAGAAAGAUAAACUUUGAUCACUGUCUAGUCCAUCAAUCAAGAAAAAGUAGGAUGGAAAUUUUGUGCGUGGUCAUGGAAAGUAUUAGAACUACAAGGCAGUGCUCAUUAACUGUUCAUACUGGAAUGCGUGGAGAGACAAUGAGGUUUCACAUUAUUGAAGAUCAGAAUUAUAAAGGGAGGGACAAAGCCAUUGUUUUUCCUGCGCAUACAACUAUUGCUUUUAGUGUAUUUGAACUUUAUAUUCAUUUGGACGGUAAUUUCGAACUCUGUGUGACUCCAAUUUCAAAAGGAGGAUUUGAAAAAGAGAAAUCUGGAUCAUCUUCACUCACCAAAUUAAGGAGGUUAAAGAGUAAUCUGUUUCAUCGAAAUAAAAGAGUAGUGGAUACCAUUGCUAACUCUGAUGCUUACUUGGAGGACCUUUUUACAGAUUAUUAUGAAAAAGCCGCGAGCAUGACUGAUCUCUCUACAGGCUAUCUCAGAGAAGGGUCUCAUAUCCGAAUUAAUUUACUUAAUAACAACAUCCCCAAAGGUCCCUGUGUCCUUUGUGGAAUGGGAAGUUCUAAAAGGGAGACAGUCUACGGAUGCCUAGAGUGCUCUUUUAACGGACAAAAGUACGUACGAUUGCAUGCUGUGCCCUGUUUUGACCUCUGGCAUAAGAGAGUAAAGUAACUGAGCUAGGUAAGUGCCUGUUGUCGCAGACAUGAGCAUAACUGUGCCACAAACUUUUCAGAGUUAGUAAAUAUGACUCAAAUUGUUGAAAUGCAAAAUAGUGAAAGUGCAAAACAUUUUAUUACACUAUUAUCUUCAAAUUAUUUGCUUCACAGUCAAUGACCUUUUAGUUAAAAAUGCCCUCAUGCAUUCCCUGACAUAGCUUUUCUUCUUUCUAGAACCUUCUCCAUUCAUUAUCAUGAUAAUGAAAAAUGUACGUUUAAACUGAAUUUUCAUAACGUCAAAAUAUAUGCUAGAACUUACUGUAAGUUGUUUACACAAACUUGUUCUUAAACCCCAAAAUGUUGCCUUUAUCUACACUGGCACAUGAUGGUAAAAUGAGAAUAUUUGUUAAUAAUUUAGUGUUCUCAUGAAUGUUUAAUUGAAGUAUCAGAUUAAAAAACAUGCGAAAACUUA